ACCGGAAGUUGCCAAGUAACUUUCUGUUUGAGUCUCUUUAUACGUCUAUGGUUUGAGGAGCUUAAUCGGUAUGAAACAUACAGUGACAAGACUGGAGAUGACUGUUAAUGAAUUAUAAAGGCUGGACUCUUGAAUCCAUUUUAGUGGAGCAGAUCAGUCUAAACCGACAGGCAGGAUAAACCGCAUCAUUAAGGAAGCUUCACUAGAAAACAUGAAGGUCCUAAACAAAGACGAACUACAGAUCGCUGAAGGAGUUCUGCUAAAACACUUACCGAAGAGUUUGAAGGUAUACGGUUUCCUAUAUGGUAUUAACAGGAAUAAACCAAGCACAUUGGAGGUAAUUGUUGAUACGUGGCCUGAUUUUAAGGUAAUCAUUUGCCGACCGGACCCCAAGAACAAGCGCGCCCUGGAGUUUAUGAAAAAGGUGACAUACUACAGCAUGGAUCAACAGAUUUUAAGGAAAAUGCUGACAGAAGAGAAUGCAAUUGACUGGAGCACUUAUUUCCUAAUGGCAGGAUUUGACAUUUCCCAUGCCCCCAUGCUCAAAGAAGUGUCUUCUGACAGCGAAGUCAACAGCAGGGUCUAUACUUUGGUGCAUCUUCUGUAUUUGCCAGACAGCAGCCAUCUGCUCACACCAGCCAUUGACAGCGAGCUUGAAUCAAGGAUUUCAUCUCUUAACCAUUCCCAUGUUGACUUGGUGAAUAAAACCUGGAAGUUUGGAGGGAAUGAGUGGGGUUACCGUAUCAUUAAAAACCUCAUCAGCAACUUCCCAUCAUGCUGCAUUAUUGACGGCCAGGGUCAGCCGGUGUCCUGGAUUCUGGUGUAUGAUUACUGUGCCAUGGGGAUGCUGUACACUCUGCCAGAGCACAGAGGGAAAGGCUAUGCCAAAGUGCUGGUCAGCACCUUGGCCAAGAGACUCCAUGCUGAGGGCUACCCAGUGUACUGCUUCAUAGAGGAGGAGAACGUGGUCUCCUACAGGCUCUUUAAAAACCUGGGCUUCAUUGAGGAUCCCUCAUACAGGGCGGCAUGGUUUGAGUUCAACUUUUAAUCUUGUAAGCACUGUGAUUUCUGACAACUCUCUGAAUAUAAAGCUGACAUAUUAUCAGGUAAAUAUAACUUGAAAAGUUUCCUAGUGAAUGAAAAUGGCAUUAUAAUGGAAAGCUUAAAGGCAAUGAAAGUAAUGAGUAAGUAAAUUGUAAAAUUGUAUCAAGGGAGAUAUUCGCACAUCCAACUAUCUGAGAUGCAGGUGCGUUGGAAAGUAUCACUUCAGAGAAAAGAAGAUCCUGCACACUGCCCCUUGCUCAGCAUCACAAUUUAUUGAUCAUACUAACGUUUUCGGUCCCUCUGGACCUUCGUCAAUAGUGUAAAAACACACUGAAUUGUAAAAUUGUUAAAAAAAACAACAUUUUUUUAAAGUAAUUGUAAACUUUCCUGUCAUAUACUGUACAUAUUCACUUUUUAAUAUGUGUUUAUCAUAGAGUACAAAUUAUAUAGGCUCUGCAAAGCAUUGCAUCAAAACCUGGACUGUAACAAAGGAGGUGUAAGUGAAAGAGGCAUUAACUGACCCAAACAAUAAAUACAAUAAUAAUGUCACCUUUUCAUAAUAGGUACAGGUAUUUAGAGGAGCGAUACAAAUGAAAUUGAGCUUCAAGCUUUGCUUUCUGUCAGCACUGAAGAAUUAUCAAACAGUAUAUCCUUUAUAUCUACCAUAGAGGCUACCUAAUGUUAUACACACCAAUGCCAUUAGUAACCACGGUUCCCCCAAAUAAAGAUAUUUCAGCAAUUUA